AUGGAGGGAAAGACCCCUGCGCUAUCCCCGGCCCUGGCGGACGCCAUCGGCCUACACGCGGAACGACUUCAGCGGCUCACCCCAAUUAACGCUGUCCUGCUGAUCGCCUCCUCGCUUUUUGAUAUCUUGUGCGUGUUGUGGAACGCGACGCCCGGUUUUGUCGCCGAGACGCAUAAACGAUUUGUGAUCUAUUUCUCCGCCCUCGCAAACCUUCUCCAGUGCACGAAUACGCAGGUGCUGAAUCGGGUCUGCGCAUCAAUUGAGGCGAUUAUGAUGGAACACCUCGACAACGCGGUAGAGAUUCAACUCCAGUUGAUGAAGUACGUCGGCACGGUGGUAGAUAACGUGCAGGGUAACUCGAAAAAGGGCGUCGCGGAGUGGUUUCUCAAGUUAAACGACAGGGUUCUCCAAAAAAGUAUCGGAAGUCGAUCGAAACUGUGA